GGGAGAAGCCCCCGCCGCCCGCCGAGGCCCGCGAGGUGCCCGCACCGCCCGCCGGCCUCCCCGCGCCCCAGGGCCUGCUCAGCCCCACGCAGGCCCCCGCUGGCCUCGGGCUGGACGGGCCGCGCCAGCGGCGAGUGGCCUCCCAGCGCUGCUCUCUUGAGUUCCUGGAAGAUGCCAUGGGCUGUGCCACAGUGCAGAGAGCCAGACACACGUCCGGGUCCCCAAGACAGAAAGGCCUGAAGAAGACUCACUUCAUCAAGAAUAUGAGGCAAUAUGACACUCGGAAUAGCAGGAUUGUGCUCAUUUGUGCCAAGCGGUCCUUGUGUGCGGCCUUCUCGGUUCUGCCGUACGGAGAGAGCCUGCGGGCUUGCGACCUGAGGGUGGACAGCCAGAAGCAGAGGCACCCAUCGGGCGGUGUGUCCGUCUCCUCCGAGGUGGUCUUUGAGUUGGAAGGGGUCGAGCUGGGAGCAGCUGGACAGGUCGUGUCCUAUGCAAGGUUCCUGUACCCAACCAACGCCCUGUUCAUACACAAGAGUGACAGCCACGGCCCACCACCCCAGCCCCGGCCCAGCGUGCCUCGGGCCCCGCCGGGUUCACGACACAAGCCUGUCCCCACCAAGUCGGCACCAGCCGGCCCAGAGCUAGGUGAUGGGGGAGACGCCCUGGAGUACAACCCCAACCUCCUGGAUGACCCACAGUGGCCAUGUGGCAAGCACAAGCGUGUCCUCAUCUUUGCAUCCUACAUGACCACGGUGAUCGAGUAUGUGAAGCCCUCUGACCUCAAGAAGGGCAUGAACGAGACUUUCCGGGAAAAGUUUCCGCACAUCAAGCUGACGCUGAGCAAGAUCCGAAGCCUCAAGCGGGAGAUGUGGAGCCUGGCCGAGGAGUGCAGCCUGGAGCCCGUGACCGUGUCCAUGGCCUAUGUGUACUUCGAGAAGCUUGUGCUGCAGGGCAAGCUCAACAAGCAGAACCGCAAAUUAUGCGCCGGCGCCUGCGUGCUGCUGGCCGCCAAGAUCAGCAGCGACCUGCGCAAGAGCGAGGUGAAGCAGCUUAUAGACAAGCUGGAGGAGCGGUUCCGCUUCAGCAGGCGAGACCUCAUCGGGUUCGAGUUCACCGUGCUGGUGGCGCUGGAGCUGGCGCUGUACCUGCCCGAGAGCCAAGUGCUGCCACACUUCCGCCGCCUCACGCAGCAGUUGUAGCUGCGCAGCCGCUCCUGACCCGCAUCUGCC